AUUUGAGACGGACACCCAUACACAUUCAACCAAUGGAUCCAAGGUAUCCAUAUCAACUGACGAUUCACCUCGUCACCUCCACCGACUCACCCGAGUUCGCUCACCUGAGUUGGGCCCUGACACGCUCCUCUCUCGUUGCUCUCGAUGCCGAGUGGAAGCCGAUUCGCACUCACCAGCCGUCCUUCCCCAGGGUCUCCCUCCUCCAGCUCGCUUGCCGACUCGGUGCAGCAACAGGCGGGGACUCGACAGAGGGUCACUGCCGCGAGAAUUCCGUGGUUUUUCUACUCGAUCUGUUAGCUAUCCCUCUGCCUUCAAUUUACGAUCUGUUGAGGGAUGUGUUUAACUCGCCUGAUAUUCUGAAAUUAGGGUUUAGAUUCAAGCAGGAUUUGAUAUAUUUGUCGUCCACUUUUUGCUCCGAAGGCUGUGAUCAUGGCUUCGAUAGAGUGGAGCCAUUUAUUGAUAUUACAAGCAUAUGCAAUUUUAUGCAACAUAAGCUGCUGGGAAGAAAGAUACCAAAGGAAACUAAGAGCUUGGCAACUAUUUGCAAUGAAGUGUUGGGUAUUUUUCUGUCAAAGGAACUUCAAUGCAGUGAUUGGUCACAUCGGCCUCUUACAGAAGAGCAAAAAAUAUAUGCAGCUGCGGAUGCACAUUGUCUGCUUGAGAUAUUUACUGCCUUCCAGGUUAAAGUUAUUGGAGAAGAUAUUUCUUUGGACAAGAUUACUGAUCUGCAUUCCUCCAAUGUGGAUCUUGGUCUGAAAGACAUUCUUGGGAAGCCUGAUAUCUCCAAUAAAAUUUUAAGAAGCACAUUUUUUGAAGCUUCAAAAGUUGUCCGAGCUUCUGCUUCUGAACUUACUCAAAGAGUACCUAUUGUAGCAGGUGUAGUUUCCAAAUUAUCAUGUAGAAAUACUAUCCCUAUGGGCCAAUCCCUCUUGAAGAUUGUUAAAAGAUAUGGAGACAAAAUUUUGUUGAAAGAAUCUGACAGCAAACCAAGAAUAUCUAAAAAGAAAGUGAAGAGGACAUCCUCAGCUGGUCUGAAUAGCAAAGAAAAGCUAUUAAAGAAUUUUGAUGGUUGGCAAGGUCCUCCUCCUUGGGAUUCGUCCUUGGGUGGGGAUGGGUGUCCUAAGUUUUUAUGUGAUGUGAUGGUGGAGGGACUGGCAAAGCAUUUAAGGUGUGUCGGUAUUGAUGCUGCAAUUCCAUAUUCAAGAAAGCCCGAAUCCAGAGAGUUACUAGAUCAAGCACGCAGAGAGAAGCGAGUGCUCUUGACACGAGAUGCCAAGCUAUUGAGACAUGAAUAUUUGAUACAAAAUCAAAUAUAUAGGGUAAAGAACCUUCUAAAGAACGAACAGCUACUUGAGGUGAUUGAAAUUUUCCAGUUAAAAAUUUGCGAGGAUCAACUAAUGUCAAGAUGCACCAAAUGCAAUGGAAAGUUCAUUCAAAAACCAUUGACAACUGAAGAGGCUGUUGAAGCCGCAAAGGGUUUCCAAAUAAUUCCAAACUGCUUGUUUGACAAGAAUUUAGAAUUUUGGCAGUGCAUGGACUGCAACCAACUUUAUUGGGAGGGAACCCAGUACCACAAUGCAGUUCAAAAGUUUAUCGACGUUUGCAAGUUGAAGGGGUAAUGUUGGAGGCUGUAUGUAUUUAAGUUAUAAAUAUGUUUGUUUACAUUCAAAAUAAUUUGUUUUACUUCGAACAUUCAUAAACUUUGCUUUUGUGUGAUGACUGAUAUAAUCAGUUAUGACAUCUUACUUUUGUGUAUAUAGAAUUAAUUUGUUUUUCAAAGGGCAAUGAGAAUUGGUUGACCAAACCAGUAUCAUACUUUCAUAUUGAUCCUUUACAGAUAAUGUCAAAUCUUGAUUCAUCGCU